AUGGCGAAUCCGAUGACCCAUGCCAGGAAAAGAGAGACCCCGCACACAACGCCUGCGAUAAUUGGAGUUUUGGCAGGUUUCCUCGUUUACUGCGCACUGUGUGGGUUGGUGAGGAAGAGGUGGAAGCAGCGACAGAGCGCCGACAGACUACGUUCCCAUAUAAGGCAGGCAGUGAUGGCACAGCCCCUCUCCUCUGCCGUCUGCAACAGUUGUUUGUCACUUCGCCAUUCCCGUCGCGUCGCGGUGAAUGGCGACCCCAAGAUGACUGUAGAACCUUGGAGCAAGGCACUAUGGAAGUCUCAACCUUAUCCCGACGACUACGUUCCACCUGAUGUCUUCCUCGCUUCUCUGCAACGAAACCCCCAUUUCAAGCCAUACACCUACUGGCCUUUGGUGAUUUUGACUUGCACGAUCACCCAGCAUGUUUCUGUCAUCUUCAUUUUCGUCGCUGUCUUUGGACAACUGAAUGCUCAGCUGCUGGAUCCUCGUACUUUGAUCUCAAUAUCCGUUGCAUGCUUCCUUGUGGGAUAUGCUGCGUGGACGUUCCUCGACAGUACUCCCCAGCGUCCUUCAAAGGGCUCCCGGACAGAAAACCACUUGAAAGCUAUAAAGUCAUCCAUAAUGAUUUUUCUUUCCCUGGUUUCCCUUUCUCCUGUUCUCCGGACACUAUCGGCGGCAACCUCGUCAGACUCCAUUUGGGCACUCGCCGCUGUCCUCUUCUUACUCAACACCUUGCUGUCCGACUAUACUUGGACCACUGUUCCAGGAGAGUUACGCGGUCGUGCAUUCGUUCAUCUUAUACCCUAUCCUCAAAACUCGAAUCCAGUCGGCCAGCUGUCGCGGGUCGUAAUGGGACUUUGCUCUGCGGUGCUCUUCUUCAUCACGUUCGUGGCUCCUAUGCUACUUGUCUGGGCGCAGAAGUAUAAAAAUAAUAUUCGAGGGCCGUGGGACGUGGCAACACCUAAAGUCCGUUGA